CGUAAUAGUGCCCACUAAGCUGAGGAUAUCUCCAGCUCGUCGCACUUAUAAAAUUUGAAGGUACUUAUGGGCCUCGGGAUUAGAUGGUUCCUUUAUAAAGAUACCGGUCUCUGCUCUUUCUCGUUACACGUUACGAUUUCCACGCGUCUGAGCCCAUGGCAACCGAUGAAUCGUCCCGCCCUGACCCGGCCUCGUCGUGCUUUCUGGAAUAUUUUCUUUGGUGAUCGCGGUUCAUCCUAGAGUAUAAAACAGGUCUUUCCAAACCCUACAUGAGUAUCAGAUUCCCUUCCUCUCUUUGAUUCUUCGUUCUUUUUACGUUCUGUGGAAAUGUUCAAGUACGCUCUCUUUCAAGCCCUGGUGUCGGCCGCCGUGCUUGUAUCGGCUGUGCCGAUUGCCAAGCCCGGCGCAAAGAGGGCGCCUCGCCCUGCAAAGCGCGCCAGUUGCACUGUUGACUCUGUCGACGCUGCUUCGUCAAUUUCGGAUUGUUCUUCGGUCACUAUCUCUGCUUUCACCGUCGCAAGCGGAGAUACUUUGGUGCUUUCGCCAGCUGAUGGAGCUACUGUCACGAUGGCCGGAGACAUUACUUUUGCACAGACCUCUACCGAUGGCCCUCUGUUCACUAUUGACGGUUCUGACAUUACUUUCAAUGGCGCCGGAUACAAAUUUGACGGAAACGGUGCUGACUACUGGGAUGGCGAAGGCACUAACGGGGGUGUUGACAAACCCCAUCCUCUUCUGAAGUUUAAGGGCUCCGGCACGUACUCUGACUUCACAGUCCUGAACACUCCCGCGCAAGCUAUCUCAAUCGGUAACAGCGAUGGUCUAACUUUUGACAGCAUUACCGUUGACAACAGUGCUGGAGAUACGGAUGACUUGGGACACAAUACUGAUGGUUUCGACGUCUCUGCUGAUGACGUGACUAUCCAAAAUUCGGUCGUCAAAAACCAGGACGACUGCAUCGCUAUCAACGAUGGCAGCAAUAUCCAAUUCUUGAACAACCAGUGUUCUGGCGGUCACGGCAUUUCUAUCGGUUCCAUCGCAAGCGACGACUCUGUGUCCGGCAUAACAAUCUCUGGAAACACUGUCACUGACUCUAUGUAUGGAUUCCGUAUUAAAGUCCAAGCUUCAGCAACAAGCGCCUCUGUCUCUAAUAUUACUUACUCUGGUAACACAGUCAGUGGAAUUGACGAGUACGGCGUCUUGAUUACCCAAUCUUACCCUGACGAUGAUGGUACACCGGGAACUGGAGGUCCUAUCUCGGAUGUGAGCUUUACAGGGGAUGCCACUACCAUAACCGUUGGCGACGAUGCAGAACGACUCACUGUCGACUGUGGUGCCUGCUCAGGUACAUGGGACUUCUCUGCACUAACCAUCACCGGCGGCUCAGAGGGUACAGUCGAUAGCGAUAGUGCCACCAUUUCAGGUGGCUCGUACUGAUUUGAAAUGCUGGGAGACAAAAGCAAUCAUCUACCCCAAUGAUUGUAAAACUCUACUAUCAAAUUAUCCAGUUUAUGAUGCAGUGCGUCUUGUGAGCUUCUAUUUCUGGCCCCUUGAGUCUUCAAUUAUUUUGUUUAUCUCGGUGAAGCCAAAGUUAACGGCGUUCUUGAGUAGAUAGAGGUGUAGCAAACAAGGUAUAUCUCUCUUGACUAGAGAUACUACUGGGUUAUCUUCUAAGCUGGGUUACAAGCAACGUUUCAAUGAUGUCACUUUCCAUAGUACAAUAAUUUACCGUCCAUGAAG